CGAUGAGGUCACCUUUUUACCUGCGGAAGCGCCAGCCAUUGGCUCUUGGUGUGUCAAAACAAGUAAAUAAAACAAGAAAUGGACGUUGCACGUUGCCCUGUCCUUGUUCUAACCUUUAAAAUUUGACUUGACGACUUUUUACCGUGCUAAAAUCCGAUUACAGACAUAAGACAAUAGAAGUCCUAAGGGAUGUCCGAACGAGUGGGCACAUGUAUUCGUUCCCAGGACUACUCUCCAGCUUUUCUCGAGUGAACAUGUCGACAUCCAUGCGGGUUACUUAACAGUAACAGCAAUCUCAACGAUGGAAACUUUUCGAACUAGAACUUUGUCAUCCGGCGAUGAUAUCUCUGAAAUUGUGAGUGGUAUGGAGCUACACGAAAGGCUUCCUGAACACACAAAUCGGGAGUUCCAUGGCAAUGCCCGCAACAAUUUCUGGAGCGGUUUCUCCAUAAAUAAUUUUCCGACGGCUGAGGACAGCGAUGAACAUUCAGUUGCUAAAAAGACACCCAAAGAACACAGCUAUAUUUACACGUUUUUAUCAACGUUACUGUUUGUGGUUGUAUUAAUUGUGGAGAACAUAUUUCACUACAAACUCUUUGAAAACACUCACGCGUCGAUUUCUUUCUACUGGUUGGAAAGCGGUGUCAUUGUGCUGUUCUUUAGAUUUUGGGGAAGGAAGCGAAUAAGGAGUUUCAGGAGUGAAGCAAGUCAUUUUUGUCCCAUGCUUUGCCUACAUGUGGUGGUUGUAACUUUUUUUGCAUUGGAUUUUAACAAUUCAGGCUUUGGAAUAUCAGCAGGAUCUGAUUCCUAUUUGGUUUCUUUAGCCCUGUCAGUUCCUCUAGUUCUCCUGGCGUCUUGGGUAACCAAUCGACAUAGUUAUCCAGACAAAAUUAUUGUAUUUGUGACCAUUUCAAGUUCACUUCUCAUGGUUCUUUUCUGCACGCUUGAGGACUCCUUUGCUGAUUAUAAGGUGUCAUUUACUGAUGGACUGUUUGCUUGCAUAAUGAGUGCUUCACUGGCUUUUUUUACUGUUCACGCAAAAAGAUAUUUGCCAAAGGCCACACGUGCAGAGCUACUUUAUCUGUUAAAUUUCACCUGCGUUGUGAGCCUCCCGUUUGUUGUCUUGUGUUUUGGUGAGUUACCUGCACUUGAAGCUCAACUGUUGAACAGAACACUGGAGCUGAUCAUUAGUUUGUUCAUUAUGGCUCUUCUUCGUUUGGCCAGCCAGGCAGCUUGCCUCUAUCAACUCAAAUUUUCUUCCCCUCUUCUCAACGUUGGAGCGCGAGGCUUUUCCUGGAUCUGGGUCACCCUGGCUAUUACCUUUCUGAGUCCUGCUGACACUGGUGAACUUGUGAUGCCGGUGUUUGCUGCGUUUUGGAUAUACGGGGUAUUUUCGUUUUUACCCGUUCUGUGUUCUGAUCUUCACUUUAUAUGAGCAGAAGGAUGUGGUGUUAGCUACUAACUUAACUUUAAGCAAUAGAUUAAUAUUAUUGUAACUAUUGUCAAGAGUAAUUGGACCGAGUGGAGUGAAAUUCAGGGAGUAAUCGCACAAGUAAUUUCAAAAUCUUGCAAGCGCGCGGAGGCGAUUUGAAAUUAAGAACACCAUUACUCCCUGAAUUGUACGACAGGAGGUCCAAUUACUAAUUAAUCGUACCAAUAACAAAUUUCGAUGUUAAA